GGUCCUGAGUAACGUGGAGGGGAAAUACCUGAUGGACAGCGUCCCGUUUAGCUGCUGUAACCCCGGGUCCCCGCGGCCCUGCAUCCAGCACCACCUGACCAACAACACCGCCCACUACGACUACGACCACCGCAUUGAGGAGCUCAACAUCUGGACCCGCGGCUGCCGCGAGGCGCUCUUCUCCUACUUCAGCAGCAUGAUGAGCAGCAUCAGCGUGCUCAUCAUCGCCACCAUCCUCCUGGAGUCGGCGGACAUGGCAGGGCUGAAGUACCUGACCACAGCCCUGCAGACCAUGGAGGACCCAGAGAACCCCGAGUGUGAGAGUGACGGCUGGCUGCUGGAGAAAGGCGUGAAGGAGACGUUCGGAGAGCUGUUCUCCAAGCUGAAGACACUUGGGAAGAAAAACCAGGUGGACGAGGGCGGGGAGGCAGCUGAGGCCGCCACCUGAGCACCCCGCCCUCCAAAAGAACUGGAUCUCCCCCCUCUCCCCAGACAACAGGAGAGGUCUGUACAUACUAGGGCUGGGUACCGAGCUUCCGUACUUUCUAGGCACUGACCGAGCUGCCUCCAUGGUAUCGAGUAAAGAAACAUGCCUUGUCAUUCAUUCCCAAAGCUCCAAAUCAUCGCUCAUCACUGACCAAUCAGCAUCCUCCUUCCAACAUCCAAUAAUCUUUGUGAAUGGGUGGUUAACGCAGUGGCGUCGGCAGAAAUCUAUUCCAAAGUACGCAUAAGGACCUUUUAUUCUGGAAUAUCACGCAAAAAAUAAGCCAAAUACACACAGAAACACACACAUUCUCACACAACGGUUCUACUUCAACACAGAUAAUGUAUUCAUAUCUGUAGCGACUUUCAACAAAACUUA